UACACCUAACUGCGAGACACUUGAAGUUACACACACGCUACGGUAGCACACGAGAAGCAGCAGCAGCAGCAGCCAUCAUCAUGAAAUACCUCGGCGUCGUAUGUUUGAUUUUGUGCGUGGCCAACGCCUUAUCCGCCGCCAUCCCGACCGAACUACCGCGCGAAAUCAUUCCGAUCCUUCGCAGCGCCAGCACGGGGCCCGAGCCUAACGGUGCCUACUCGUACAGCUACGAGACCGGCAACGGCAUCCAGAUGGAGGAGCAGGGCGAGCUCAAGCCCGAGGGCGAGCAGGGCACCAUGUCGGUGCGCGGACGCUACAGCUAUCAGGCCGACGACGGCACGCCCAUCGAGGUGGUUUACACAGCGGACGAGAACGGCUUUCAGCCCCAAGGCGCUCAUCUGCCCAAGGCACCGGAGAUUCCCGAGGGCAUCCUGAGGGCUCUGGCCUGGAUCGCCGAGCACCCGGAGGAGGAUAAUCUUCAGUGA